GCAACAUAGAGGCAGGGGAAAUGUCUCUUCCAAGAUUGUUUUUGGGAGAAUUGAUCAAUGAAGACAUCCAGACCUGGAAAUCUCUAUGUUGGCAAGAAAUAAACAUCAGAACAAAUGAUAAUUCCGUAUCAAUCAAUGAAUCAAGCAGAAAAUUAUGGAGUCAAGAUUAUUUUACUUUGACAUUUCCCAAACCACUCCAGCCAGGUAGAAAAAAGAGAUCAAGACCUUCACAAUCACAAAUCUCAGUUCCUAGACACGACAAAAAAAAAUUAGAAGAAGUUCAGAAGCCAGAUUAUAUAAGGAUAAGGCAUUCUUUAAAAAAAAUUUCCCAAAGGCCAUCUGUUUAUUUAACUGUCAAGAGACAGGCUCCAUUCAGAAAUCCUUAUACUCUUAAAGCCCGUACAGAAUAUGGAGAAUCUAAAAAGUCCAAAGAUGACAAAAAAGGAAGAACUUUGCAGAGAAAUUCCAAGAAAAACAAAGGCCCACAUGAAACAACUACAGAAUCUAAAAUGGUAAAUGAUGAGAAACUUAAAAGAGGAAAUAAAGCAGAUAAAACUCCAUCAAAAUUAUCACGUAAAAGUGAACUAUCUAAGGAUUCAAAGUCCAAAUUAGAAAUAAACCCAGAAUCCAGUGAUUUUAAAGCAGUCUCGAUGUAUCCAAAAAAAGAUAAGAGAGAUUCGAAGAAUUCCAUGGAGACAGAUAACAAAUUCAUAUGUGCAAAGAAGGAUUCUAAAGACUCAAAGAACAAUUCUGAUGCCAGAUCACAGACUUGUUCAAAAAAUAGUUCAAAUAUGGAUUUCAUACUCUAUUUAGAGGAGUCUGGUGCUGAAUCUAUGAAAUGUGAUAUGUGGUUAAAGAAUUACUCUCAGAAUAAUUCAAAGAAGCCUUCAAAGGACACAAAAAAGGAUGCAAAGAAUAGCUCUGAUGCUGAAUCUGUAGACUCAAAAGAUGCAAAGAAAGAUAAGAAAGGUCCAAAGAAAGAGAAGAAGGAUGCAAAGAAAGACACAGAGUCUACUGAUGCAGAAUCUGUAGACUCAAAGGAUGCAAAGAAAGAGCCAAAGAAGGCUAAGAAAGAUUCAAAGAAAAGUGACAAGAAAAAAGAUGAAAAAAAAAAAGACACAGAGACUACCGAUGCAGAAUCUGCAGACUCAAAGGAUGCAAAGAAAGAUUCAAAGAAGGCUAAGAAAGAUGCAAAGAAAAGUGACAAUAAAAAGGAUACAAAGAAGGAUGCAGUGUCUACUGAUACCGAAACUGAGUCUGAAUUGGAGACAAAGAAUUGGAAGAAAGAUGAAAAGAAGGAUAAGAAAGAUUCAAAAAAAGAUGACAAGAAAAAGGAUGCCAAGAAGGACGUAGUGUCUACUGAUGCUGAUUCUGAAUCUGAAUGGGAUUCAAAAAAGGAUAAAAAAAAUGAAAAAAAGUAUAAGAGAAAUUCAAAGAAAGAUGACAAAAAUAAGUUUGCAAUGAAGUCUGAAGAGUCUACUGAAACUGAAUCUGAUUGGGAGUCAAAGAAGGAUAAGUAUGAUUCAAAGAAGACAAAGAAAGAUUCAAAGAAAGAUGCCAAGAAACAGGAUGCAAAGAAGGGCAUAGAGUCUACUGAUUCAGAAUCUGAUGAAUCUUCCAAGAAAGACUCAAAGAAGCCUGAGACAUUCAAAAUUUCAGAUGCUGAAUCUGAAGAGUCACUAUAUAAACUUGGGGCUAAAAAGAGAGUUGCUGAUGAAUCAGAUGCCACAUCUACCGAUUCAAAGAAGGAAGCACUGGAACUAAAGAGAGAAUUCAAAAUGUCAUCCAAAAAGACUACAUUCAAAGAAAAAGGAAAAAAAGCAGGUACAGGUAGAGUCCCUCCAUCAAGAGAAAGACCACCACUACCUCCUUGUGAGCCUUUUCUACCAUCACCCAAGAUCAAACGUCUCUGUCGGUGCAAGAUGCCCCCUGCACCUCUAAAACCAAGAUAUGCUCCUUUGCCUGAAGCAAAGUGGAUUCAUAAGCUGCUUUAAAAAACAACUGAGCACUUGGUUUCACAGAAUGGCCUUACCACAGUAAAUACUGGCUACUCUCAGAUGAGCAUUUCUACUUCUGUGGAACUGUAAUAAAUAAAAACAAG